AUAUUUGCAUUACGAAUAGUGAGAUAGAGAAUUAGAUGUAACUGUGCAUUAACUCCGGGUUUUCUAGUAUAAUACCGUAUUAAUUUGACUUCUUGAUAUGUCUGGAGGAAAUUUAAGAGCAGUGUUUUAUGGAAAAGAGAAUAUACGUUUAAGAGAAGAACAGAUACCAGAGCCAGGCCAAGGACAAAUACAAAUCCGUGUAGAAAAUGUUGGAAUAUGUGGUUCGGAUUUAAGUUUCUGGAAUCAUAACGGAAUCCCGGACUGUCUUGAAGGUAAAGAUCCCUAUGGUAUAGGACAUGAGGGCGCGGGCAUUGUGUCAAAGAUAGGUGAAGGAGUCACUUCCCUAAAGAUUGGCGACAAGGUUGCCAUGGAUCCAUUGUCCAGCUGUGAAAGGUGCUAUGACUGUAAAACGGGACGGUUCAAUUUAUGUGAGAAAGUAACGAUAUGUGGUUUCCCUGGACAUUGGGGCUACAUGGCAAGAUAUUUCGUCGAGAAUGCUAAACAUUGUUUUCGGUUACCGGAUCACCUUAGCACAGAGGAAGGUGCUAUGCUCGAGCCUCUUGCUGUCGCCCUUCAUGGGUGCCGCCGUGCUGGAGUGUCUGCUGGAAACAAUGUUCUCAUAACUGGAGCAGGUCCUAUAGGACUACUGUCCAUGAAGGGAGCAAGAGCACUUGGUGCUUCAAACAUUUGUGUAACAGAUGUUAAUGAAACUCGUGUAAAACUGGCAAAGCAAUUAGGAGCUGAUUACGCAUUAGACGUUACUUCAAAAGGAGUAUUGGAAAUUGAAAAAAUGGUAGAGGAGUGUUUUGGAGAGAAGCCUCACAUGACAAUAGAGUGCAGUGGAGCACCGACUGCCAUUCAAUCAGCCAUUAGGUCUACAAGAAAUGGUGGCCGUGUUUCGCAGAUCGCACUAGGGGAAGGAAAUGUCACAAUACCGUUGAUUAACGCCUCCUUUAGGGAGGUCGAUAUUUUAGGGAUUAGGUCAAACCCGUAUUGUACCCCAUUGGCUCUGGACCUUGUUGCUUCCGGCCAGAUUGACGUUAAGCCCCUUGUUACACAUAGGUUUGAUUUGGAAAAUGUUGCUGAAGCUUUUAAAAAGGCAGAGACACGUGACUGUGGGAAGGUCAUGGUCAGAUGUAACAAGGACUAAUUGUUGUCAUGACAUUUGACUGUAACAGUAUGUUAAACAAGAACAACAAACAAUUAUGAAACAUAUCUAUGAGGACAGUGUCAUUUUAACACGAUCAUCUGUUCAAAUAUGAAUGAUUAUAUUUUUAUACAAAUCUUAAGUAUUUAAUGCAGGUAAACUGGUUGAUAAGAAAAUUGAUAUAUUAUAAUCUUUGGUAACCAUAUUUGAUGACCUAAGUUACAGUCUGGUUUGAAAAUGAAAAGAUCAAUGUUGUGAGAUUGUGCUUGUUUACUAUAAUAUUUGCAAUUGUAUUGAGAUUCAAAAAGAAAUGUGUUGCUUUUAAAUGAAAACAAUUGAAGCAAGACAUGUCUGUCUGUUAUUUUUAUGUGAGAUAUAAGAAUCUAUCAAAUGUACUAACAAAUAUAUUUCGUAUGUUAUAAUUAUAUAUAGAAUACAUUUAUAUUUAUAUAUACAUACAUAUAUCUUUAUGGUGGUGAUUUUAUCAUAUACAUAUAUAGUAACUAAAUAUGAAUCUG